UGCUUCAUUUGUUUGAGCUCGUAAAAUCUUUUAAUAAUCUUGUCAAGAUUUAGACGCAUAGUGUCUUAAAUUAGGACACAAUGCCCACUUGAAUUGGCAGUAACAACUUCAAAUCACUUAUUUUGGGUUAGAGUAUUGUGAUCAAUCUGGUGUGGUUUUUUUAUACAGAGUAUAAAGCCUUGCUUGCCUCAUCUGGAGCGCCCGCCCAUUGGGCUUUCUGUGGAGCGAUAGUGGAGAGAUUGAUUAUAAGGUCUACGGGAUUUGCCGUGGAAAAAAACAGAGCCUGCUUGGACUGCUUGCUCGUGAUCUUGCGCUCCCAUCAGUGAAGGAGAAGGAAAAUUAUCCGGGACUCAUUCCAGUCUGACUCCCAAAACCGUCAGCACUCCCCGCCCCCCUUCGUGUAUCCAGAUACGCAGGAGUCACGCCGGACUUUUAGUUUUUACUGAGGAGGCUGCGAGUGCGAAUCGCCUCCGCAGUCUCGGAUGCGUAGUGAGCCGGUGCUGCGAGUGAGUGGGUUGGGUCGCCUAGGCGCCGGGCAUACGCACACUUCAUCGUCAGCAAUAAAAGCAGAUAGGUGAGGGUAAAGGCGAGAGGAAACGACAUCCGAGGCUUUUUAUUUAUUUAUUUUAAACAGAAGGACGUUGUAGAGAGGUGGGUCGCACAUUUGGAAAGCCGCCGGCUGUGGAUUUGACUCUCAAGGAAGCUUUUUUCUUCUUCUUCUUGCCUCCGGGGUUUUGUAGACCUCCUUAUUUUCUGAUUCAGGACCAGUAGCUGACCACACUGUCAGACGCCACCGGCUUCUCAUCUAAAAGGAGGGAAUAUUAAAAGUGGAUCAGCGGAGCAACACACACACAUACAAUGGCAACCGGUGCGCUCUUUCUAGUCUGCGCGCUGCUUGCCGGUGUCGCUGUGGCUCAGCGAGUGGUAACGGUGCAGAGUGGGCCGCUCGUACGGACUGAAGGCUCACACGUGACCAUCUGGUGCAACGUGACGGGCUACAAAGAGGGGACGGAGCAGAACUUCGAGUGGUCCAUGUACCUCCCUUCAGUACCAGACCGGGAGAUUCGCAUUGUGAGCACAGCUACGAAAAACUAUGCCUAUGCCGUAUAUUCCCAGAGGGUGACUAGUGGGGAGAUCUUUGUGGAGAAGCUGAGCAGUGACUCCGCUGUGCUGCACAUCACCAAAGUGCAGGCCAAGGACCAAGGUCUGUUUGAGUGUUACACACCUAAUACAGACGGGCGGUACCUGGGAUCCUACAGUGCACGCACCAACCUCACUGUUAUUGCUGACUCUUUGACAGUAACAGCUCCGGCCCAGACUUUGUCCAAAGUGGAAGGCGACACACUACAGCUUACCUGCGAGGUGUCUCGGACCACAGUGCAGCACACUCACUUGUCAGUAGGCUGGUACUUAAGGUCCCCAGAGGACCCAACCGCCCCGCCUCAGGAGUUAGUCACAUUGUCAAGAGACUUCGUUUUGCGCUCUGGGGGGCCGUAUCGGCAGAGAAUGGCAGCGGGGGACCUCAGGCUGGAUAAAACUGGCGCUACAGCCUACAGGCUGACCAUUCACAAGCUGCAGCCAGUCGACCAGGGGCUGCUCUACUGCCAGGCUGCUGAGUGGAUUCAGGACCCAGAUGGAAGCUGGUUUGCUAUGACCCGCAAGCAGAGCGACAAGACUCAGCUCCGUAUUCAGCCCACUGACCGGGAUUUCAGCAUCCAGGUGAGCACGGAGCGACGGUCCUUCACGGCCGGUGAGCCGCUGGAGCUUCGCUGCACCAUUGAGGCGCAGAAUGUCCCCGAGCGUUUCUUCUCGGUGUCGUGGGUCUUCAGCAGCUCACCGGUGGCCGUGGUGGGCCCCAGUGCCGUGCCUAAUCUGGGCCCCGAUUAUGUCGCCCGGGAGGCCGCCGGUCAAAUGACUGUGCGCAAAGAGAGCGUCAACGUGCACCUGCUCAAGCUGCAGCACUUGCGCCCUGAAGAUGCCGGGAAGUAUAUCUGCCGCGUAACAGAGCGGGAGAAGACGCCCACGGGUGACUUCAUCGACCGCAGCAAGAGAUCCCGCAAUGUCCAGAUCACAGUCCAGGCACUGAAGAGCAACAUCACAGUGUUCUUGUCCAGUAAUUCCUCAGUGGUCCUAGAGGGUGACGUGAUCCAGCUGAUCUGCACAGUCCACGCUACCACGGGGCCCGUGUCUGUUGUCUGGCAGUGGACAGACAGCAAAACAGCUUCACUGACCAAGGAAGUGGCUUCCAUUGAUCGGGAUGGCACAAUAUGGCAUAGCCCCAGCUACAGAGAGCGCGCCAGUUAUGGGGAGAUACGCGUGGAGAAGGUGCGAGCUGACACAUUCUCUCUUUCCAUCCACAACGCCUUACCUGGGGACAGGGGCCUGUACCGCUGCUCAGCCACUGAGUGGCUUCACACCGGCUCUGAAUCUGAGCUAAACUGGGAGAAGAGUGAGGAAAGAUCUGACACCAAGAUGGUCAAUGUCACAACUGUUGAGUCCUCCUUCUCGGUGUCAGCCUCAUCGCGCACACCAUCCAUAACCUUCGGAGACUCCUUUGAUCUCCUGUGCCUGGUUAAGCCCCGCCAUAACCCACGCGUCCCCACUUCCGUCACCUGGCACUUUAAGCCAGCUGGAACAGAAAUUGAUGGCGAGGCUGAGGGAGAGUUCAAAGAACUGGUGACUUUCACGCGCGAAGGCACGCUGCAGUGGGGGGAGCAACUGCUGGGAUUGGGCACCCGCACCACAGUGGACCGCUCCCACUCCCACACCAAUUUCUGGCUGUCUGUGACCCGGGCCGGGCGCCGUGAGGCGGGCAAAUAUCGUUGCACUGCAGUCCUGUGGAGGAGGAACUACGACAACAGCUGGAGCAGAGUGGCCAAUCGCACUUCCAACCCACUUGGCAUCAGUGUCCUACAGCCAGAGAGUAAGCUGAGAGUGCAAAAGAACAACCAGUCUCAGGUGUACCUGGAAGACAGCCGUGUCAGGAUCAAUUGCUCCAUCACCUCCCAGACCAACCAGGACUCCCAGCAUACCGUGAUGUGGUACGUGAGACGAGCGACUGGGUCGGAGGCUGACGAGCUCCUGCUGAGGAUCGAACGCUCCGGGGCCUUCGAAUAUGGCGCCUACGCAGAUGAGGAGAGACUGAGACGGCGUGUGCAGGCUGAGAGGUUGUCACCCCGUCUGUAUGUGCUGACGCUGAACAGGGCUGAAAGCAGCGAUUCUGGCACGUACUACUGCUUGGUGGAGGAGUGGCUGAGUGACCCAGAUGGAGUCUGGUAUCGACUCUCCCGGGAUUCCUCAGAGUUCACGCAGGUUCUGGUCAGAAAACCAGAGGUUCGCUUGCAGGUUGAAGAACUGGAGUCAAACAUGACUGUGGAAGAGUCCGGUCCAAUCCGACUAGGCUGCAGCAUUCCCUCACAGUCAUCCCGAAACUCCCGCUUCUCCGUGUCCUGGUAUGUAGAGCGCCCUAAAAACGACAACAAUGAGGAUCAGCCAGGGGAAGAAGAAGGAGACCGGGAGUGCGUGUUCUCCAUUGGACAUGAUGCCGUUUUUGGAAAUGGAAACUGCAGCCCCAUAGAGGAACCCGGGCCAAAUUCUCGCUUGCAGUUUGAGAGGAUGGCCUCUGAUCAGUACAGCCUGACCAUUCAAGGGGCCCGGCCAACAGACGGGGGCCGAUACUACUGCCACGUCGAAGAGUGGCUGCUCAACCCCCGCAACGUAUGGUACCGCCUGGCCACCAACAAUUCUGGGUACACUAUUGUCAAUGUAUUACAACAAGUGUCCACCGUCCAGUCAGUGGUGUGCUCCAAUAGCUCCCUCUUCUACUUUGUCUUUUUUUAUCCCUUCCCCAUUUUUGGCAUCCUCCUCAUCGCCCUGCUGCUAGUCCGCUACAAGAGCCGCAACAACAGCAAGAGCCAAGAAGGCAAGAACGGUGCUCCCUUACUGUGGAUUAAAGAACCUCACCUCAGUUACUCUCCCACCUGCCUGGAUCCGCCAGCUCUCAGCCUGCACCCCGGCUCGGUCGACUAAGCAAGGGUCCUGCCCGACUGCCUCGCUUAAAUCGUGGAUUUAGCCUACACUAUGCCAGGGAGCAGAUCUGGACUCCACCUUCAGACCUUACUGUCGUUCACUGCUGUGUUGAAUUAGUCAAUCAGUUGAUCAGUUUGAAAAUUCACACCCUGGUGGCUGUCUGUUUUAUGUUUAAAAAAGUGUGUGUGCGUGUGUGUGUGUGUGGAUGAGGUUGUGUCUAGUGUGUAAGCACAAUUAACUGUGCACGUGCAAAGUGUGGGAAAGGAAAUAUCAUGAGGUUCUCUCAUUUUCUUUUUGUUUUGUCUUUUUUUUGUGAAUCUUUAUUUCUUAGUUGCAUCUUUAUUACUCUGAAUAUUCGUCUAUUUUUUGAAAUAGUGCGGGGAGGGGAAAAAAACUGUGCACAUGAGAUCACGGGCCAAUCUAGGAAGAACAUUUAAGAGAAGGAACUCUAUAAUCAACUCUGGCAUUAAGAGUAUGCCAAAAAAAAAGUCUCAGCACUGAUCCAGGAGCAGCUACAGCCUUGCCCACUAUGCUGGUUGCCAUAGUGAUGUUCUGCGCCCACUGACUUCGUAGCUGCCGACUUGGUUGCCAGGCUGCAUAGAGACAAAGGCUAGGACACACAAGUCUGUGUCCUAAGUGAGGAUGUGUGUAUGUGUGUUGGCCCACCUGCCUUCACAAUGAGUUUAGCUUGGCAGACAGAAACAGGUCCUGGUGUGCCACUUAAACACUGCCAGACACUCUGGCCUUAGUGGGAGACUGUCCCACUCUUCUUCUCCCAGAAAAGAAACUGCAAGCGAAAGAGUGGGAGAUGGGGAAAUUAUGGAAACUAAAUGAACAGCUCCCUCCUGCUGAGGAUAUAUGUACUUUAACACAAGUGAUUUUUUUUUCAGUGCCAAGUCCUCCUUAUUUCCUCAACAGCUGCUCUUUGAAAUUUUAAA